AUGAAUGCGACCCCCGGCAGUUGCUCGGCAGAGAUGCCGUACGGGUUCCUGCCCCGUCUGAAGGGCCUCUACAUCGCCACUGAGCUCAUCAUCGCCGUGCUCGCCAUCAUCGGAAACUUCCUGGUGUGUCUGGCUGUCAGCUGGAACAAGAAACUUCACACGGUCACCAACUACUUCCUGGUAUCGUUGGCAGUGGCAGACACUCUGGUGGGUUUGGUUGCGAUCCCCUGUUCGGUGCUCACAGACCUGGGUCAGCCUCACCACAACAUGCCGCUCUGCCUGGUGAUGCUCAGCAUCCUGAUGGUGCUCACACAGAGCUCCAUCCUGAGUCAGUUAGCAGUAGCAGUGGAGCGCUACAUGGCCAUCAUCCUGCCCUUCCAGUACCAGCGCGUCAUGAGCCCGAGGAACGCCCAGCUGGCCCUGCUGCUCACCUGGGGCCUGGGGGCCAUCUCCGGCUCCGUGCCGCUCAUGGACUGGAGAAGACAACAAGCAGGCUCUAGCUACUGUGUCUUCACUUGUGUGGUGAACAUGAGCUACAUGGUCUACUUCAACUUCUUCUGCUGUCUCCUGGUGCCACUGCUGGCCAUGUUCAUCAUCUACGGCCACAUCUUCCUCACCAUCCGACGGCAACUCAAACGCAUCGCUGUAGCCAGGGGGUCUUCGGAGAACACGAGAACUGCUGGUAGUGGGAGCACCGGGACCGAGGACAGUGGGAGUUCUGCUGCUUGGGGACAUGACACAGGGAAUAGAUUCAGUAGACAAGCUAAAGAAAAGGCGGGAAAAUGCAAGACUGAAGUGAGGGCUGUGGAAGAAGUGCAAUCCAGCGUUGGUUCUCUUAUUGACACUGAGACCACCGCUGUGUUUACAAAUCCAGGACUCGGGUCGGCCUCGUCUGGGUCCAGCAGCUCCAGCUGUGGUGCGGCUGACCCCCGGCCAGGCAAGCCAAACGAUGCCAGAUCAGGCCUCCGCUCCCACCAGGAGGUGCGCAAAGCCACCUCCCUCUUCCUGGUCCUGUUUCUGUUCAUGGUGUGCUGGAUGCCCAUCCACAUCAUAAACUGCGUGCUGCUGCUGUGCCCACAGUGCCAGGUGCCCAUGUCGCUCACACUAGCGGCCGUUCUGCUCUCCCACGCCAACUCCGCUCUCAACCCCAUCCUGUAUGCGUACAGGAUGAGGUCAUUCCGACACACUCUGAUAAGGAUGUGGAGAGCAUUGAGGAGCUUUAGGCUGAAACGCCAGUAAAGGUGUGGUUCUUUAGCAAUUAUUGUUUAAAAACGUGUUUUGCUGUCUGA